GAUAACGAAUAUUUUUCUCGUAAAUCUAGAAAAUGGCUGAUAAGAAAGAUGAGGAGAAGAAGGAGGAGGAUGAUCGUAUUGAAUUUCUCUAUAAAUAUUUGGUGCUUUCGAGAAAAAUUAAACCCGACAAAUGGGUAAAGAUGUUAACAAACGAGGAAUACAAGGAGACGGUUAUGAAAUUCUUCGAUACACCGUCGGAGAUGAUUCUGAUAAUACAACUAAAUCCGGCUGGUGUGUUAGUGCCGUUUCUCGAGAUACCACCGACAGGUUGGGUUAAGGUAUCGUAUUUUAUAAAAAAAGACCCUGUCGAGAUCACGAAAGAAAAUUAUAGGAAUGUCAUUAUACCCGGUGAUAUGGCUUCGAAACCUAUCGAGGAACUAUCCGUCUUGGUUGAGGAGGCUUAUGUACCGAUAUUAUCGAAUCCGAAGAACCACAAGGGUUGGCCACGCGUUAUCGGUGAGGACAUGAAAAAGCACGUUUACGAUCUUCGCAAUAUGAUAUGCCAGGUCAAAGGUAAGAUGAUGGGACAAACUUUACUACCGAUGCCAAUGGGCAUCGAACAGAUAUUCGAGGCGGAAUGGAAAGCGCAGCAGAGCGGCGGGGUCGAGAUCGAUCUUCCUUUAAAAAGCAAUAUAGAAACUAUCGUAACGAAAUGGUGUUCGCAAAUCGGUGAUACGCUAAACGAAGAAAGCCCAAAAAAUGAUAAGCAGUUGCUACCGAGUGCAGAAAUUGAUUUUUGGAGUCAACGACUUGUAAACGUUGAAUCUAUUCACAGUCAAAUGAGGGACCUACGAGUGAAAAAGAUGGCAUCUAUUCUAGAAUUAACCAAGAGCCCUUGUUCACCGCGUUUCAAGGCUCUGUUGAAGGACGUUAUCGCUGCGGUGAUUGAAGCCCGCGAUGUAUGUGCUUACUUAAAAGCGUUGGAACCUCAUUUCGAAGAUAUACAAAAUACCGAAUUCCAAGACAUACAGCCGAAAUUGAAACCAUUAUUGCACUGCGUGUGCCUCAUAUGGUCAAAUUCAAAAUAUUAUUGCACUCCAACGCGAAUAAUCACGCUAUUAUCCGAAAUAUCUAAUCUACUAAUUGCUGAGGCCACGAAAUAUUUGGAUCAGAGUACUUUGUUUACUGGUGAUAUCGAGGAUAGCCUGAAACGUUUAGUGCAUGUGACAAAUAUUUUAAAUUAUUAUACAGAAAUGUUUGAAACGUUUCGAAGUAAAUUGGAUAAUUACUUUAAGCAUUCAACCGAACUAAUUCCAUGGAAUUUUGAUGAUGAAUUGGUGCUUGGAAGAAUAAUGAAUUUUCAGAAACGUUUGGGAGAAAUUAAAAUGUUAUUUGAUACGGCUCAAGAAUAUUUUAAGCUAGAAAGAAUGGAAUUCGCGAUUUUAAAAAAGAAAACAUUGUGUUCCAAAAUAUAUGACAUUCAUGAAAAAUUUGUUAAAAUUUACAAUGAAUUUGCCGAAUUAGAGUACGAUAUUCUGAUGCCGGAAGAGAUACGAUUCACAGAUCACGUUAAUUCUUUUUUAGUAAAGGUAGAAGAGUUUGACAGAGAGCUGGCAAAUAUAUUCGAUCAAGCAUUUUCUGAAUGUCACAAUACUGAAAUUAUUUUUAAAGCAAUAUGGAUUCUAGGCUCAAUGGCCAAUCGACCAAUCAUUAUGGCACAAUUAUGGCACAAUUACGAGAGAUUGCUUCAAAGAAUUCAUAGACAUUUCGAUGAUAUUAAAGUCAUAUUUGACAGCACCUUCAAAGAUUAUAAGGAGGACGAAUGGAUUGAAACCGAUCAGUAUUUCCCACAUGUUGCUGGCGCAUUGUGUACGUUGACGCAAUUGCGCCAACAGAUAGACUAUCCGAUGCAAUGUGCGAAAUUAAUUGACCAUCCUUUGAUAAACCUCAGAAUAGUACGUGAAACCAAACCAAAAUACGAUCAAAUGCAGUCACUCAUGGACGCGAUGGAGCAUAAAAUAUUCACCGACUGGGCCAACAAGGUAGUCGAUAUAAGCAACGUUCAUUUGUCGAAAAGCUUAUUAAUAAUACAUGAAAACAAGCUACUCGAUUUAAACUUUGAUCCGGAACUGACUGCUCUAUUGCGAGAAACUCGUUUUAUGAUCACUAUGAAGAGAACGGACCUAACCGAGGAAGCGAUUCAAUUAUAUUAUAGAACGCCGUAUUUCUUUGAGAGUACCUACAAUCUCAGUUUGCUCGUGCAAUGGUACAAUUGGAUAAGGAAUAAUAUUUUGCCCGUGGAAUUUGAAUUAUUGAAGCACGAAAUUGAAAAAGUGGACGAAGUCAUUCGCAUUGGCCAGGAAAACUAUAAUUGGAAUUCUCCAGAAGUGCCAGAGUAUAUCGAUAAUUUGCUGGGUCUGGUGCGAAAGUUACAUUCGCGAAUCUUUUACGCUCAAGAAAACAUCAAUACGUUGUUGCGUAUAAUUUACUCGUGGGCUAUGUCCCCGAUAUUAGAGCGCAAAGAUUUUAAAGAUGAGAAUUUGCUCGCCGUGAGUGAACGUGACGAGCAUUUCCAAAAGAGAUAUAAUCAGAUCGAGCAUGCUAGUAGAGAGCUAAAUCGAGUCUUGGAUGAAAAUUAUAAACUUUUCUUCGAUUUGCUACCCGAUUCAGUGUAUGAGAAAGAUGAGAUUAAAUUGGACAAAAACGCGCGAAUAGAUACGCAAAAGCAAGAAUUUGAAGAACUCGAAGAAAUAACAGAUGAUGUAAAAGAAUCGCAAACUUCACCGAGUAGAUUGAGAAUUGAUGAAGAAAAGGAAAGAAUAAUUGUUCGCGAUGGCGUGGAAAAUGAAGUGGUCGGAACGAAAAAGAACGAACGAAUGAUGGCGACAACCGAAAUAACAUUAACGGACGAGGAAAUCGCUCAGAAUAUGAUCAAAUGGAAGCCUUAUCUCGUUUAUGUUGACAACUUGAUAUCAAAAGCUUUAAUCCAAGCCGCUUCUACUAGCAUAUGUUAUCUGCUGGAUGAAACUGAUCCGGAAAGUAACGUGUCACCUCUUUUCGAGAUUCAUCUGUCACUCGAGACACCCCACAUUGUCUUUCGUCCUGCGGUGGAUCCGGACGAUCCCGAGGGCUUCUAUACAUUUUACGAGCGUCUGCUGCUUGAUAUUAUGAGAAUGGGAACUUUAAUACCACGCGUAGAUCCUGACAUUGCAACGGAACGAAACCACUACGGAGCCGACUUAGCGGAAGAAGAAAACAUCAUUUUCAUGCUCGAGGAAACGUGUAAUCGAAUCAAGUUAGGUUUGGUGCAAGCACAGGAAUAUAUCGUCAUUUUCGAACCAUUUUCCUGGUUAUGGCUUGAUGAUAGACAACAAUACUUGAACCUGUUUUUACGUUUCGGCCGUGCGCUCACGGAUGAAGAAAAAGAAAUGGUGGCGCAAGAAAAUUUGUCGGAAUAUUUAAAAGAGAGAAAGCCAGGACUGGCUGAUUUUAAAAAAGAAAUUGAUUACUUUAUGGGACUUUAUAAAAAAUGCGACGAGUUUGAGAAUGAAAAGAUUUUCUUGCGUUGGCUACGGCUAGAUGUAAGAGCCUUGAAACAAACUCUAUUAAACACGAUCUGCAAGUGGACUAAUUUAUUCAAGACACAUCUGGUUGAUCAUGUUAACAGCGAACUUAGAAAUCUUAGCGAAUUCUUGACAAAUGCUUUAAAGAAAUUUACCCAGCCAAUCGCACCGGAUGAUUAUGAGGAUUUGUUAAAUACUAUAUAUUAUUUAAAGGAAGUGCGAGAUCGACAGUACCAAAUCGACGAUAUGUGGGAACCUAUCAAGGCGAUUAUAGAUCUCCUUAAACAAUACCAAGUAAAAUUCGGUGAAGAAACGUAUAACUGGCUAACGGACUUACCGGAGCAAUGGGCAACGGUCAAAAAAUGGGCAGUGCAAGUGAAACAGUUUGUGAAUCCUUUAAUGGCACGACAAAUCGACUUGCUGAAGAAACGUCUCAAUUAUUAUGACUUCAAGCAACAGCAGUAUCUAGCGCAAUUCCGCGAGAACAUCGUAUUCAGUUUCGAUUGUAUAAACGUGUACGAAAAAUUGGACAAGAUAAAUGAAGAAAUUCUGGAGUUUGAAAAGGAAUUAAAGGCAUUACAUGACCAAGCGAAUAUAUUCGAACAACAGAUAACGGAAUUUAAACAAAUCAAGCUCGCUAGAAAAGAAUUAAGACUUCUGAAGAAUCUUUGGGAUUAUGUUAAUAUCGUUACGUCGAGUCUAGACGAAUGGAAAACAACAUUUUGGAAAAAAUUAGACGUCGAGGGAAUGGAACAGGAGUGUAAAAAAUUAAUUCGGGAGUUGAGACAAUUAGAUAAAGAGGCACGAGCUUGGGAUUUAUACGCUCGCGUUGAAGCACAAGUGAAAAAUAUGAUGUCAUCACUAAGAGCAGUUUCAGAACUACAAAAUCCCGCCAUUAGAGAUAGACAUUGGCGAGAACUUAUGGCUAAGACCCGGGUGAAAUUUACUAUGGACGAUAAAACCACUUUAGAAGAUUUAUUGAAAUUAGAGCUUCAUAAAUUCGAGGAGGAAGUUAAGGACAUGGUGGACAAGGCAGUUAAAGAAAUGAGCAUGGAGAAGGUCCUCAAAGAGUUGCAUAAUACAUGGGAUAUUCUUGAAUUUGGUAAAGAAACGCACGAACGCACUAAACUCAACGUGUUAAAUAUAAGUGAAGAAACGAUCGAAAUGUUGGAAGAAAAUCAGGUACAAUUACAAAAUAUGUUGGACUCCAAAUACGUUGCCUAUUUUCUCGAUGAAGUGAUAGAUUGGCAACAAAAGCUUAACACUGCAGAUGCUACAAUCAACGCCUGGUUUCAAGUCCAGCGAGCUUGGAUGCAUCUCGAGAGCAUUUUUAUUGGAUCGGAAGAUAUAAGAAGCCAAUUGCCAGAGGAAUCAAAACUUUUCGAAAAGAUAGACAAAGAUUUUAAAGAUUUGUUGAAGGAAAUGCUGAGCAAUCUAAAUAUAGUGAAGUCAACAAAUAAACCGAAACUUUUAGAUCGACUCGAGGAAUUGGAGAGACAAUUAAAUAUUUGUGAAAAAGCAUUAUCCGAUUACCUGGAGACAAAAAGAUUAGCUUAUCCACGUUUUUAUUUCAUCUCGUCCGCAGAUCUACUCGACAUAUUAAGUAACGGAAACAAUCCCGAAAUGGUAUGCAAGCAUUUGUCCAAAUUGUACGACUCGUUGGCAAAACUUGAAUGGAAAAUUGAAGAAGAAAAACCGACGAAACACGCUAAUAGGAUGAUAGCGAAGGAUGGCGAGGAAAUGGCCAUGCAUGGGACAUGCGACUGCACGGGGAAGGUUGAGAUCUGGUUGAAUCGUGUCACGGAGGCAAUGAGAAAAAGCGUGAGAUAUCGUUUUAGUCAGGCUGUUGCCUCGUAUGACGAGAAGCCUCGCGAACUUUGGAUUUCAGAUUACGAGGCACAGCCAGCUCUAUGCGGCACGCAAAUCUGGUGGGCCUCCGAAGUAAAUAUGGCAUUUGCGAGACUCGAGGAGGGAUUUGAGAACGCGCUCAAGGAUUAUCAAAAAAAACAAAUCGGCCAGCUGAACACUCUGAUUGCAAUCUUGCGCAGCGAGUUGAGCGAGAACGAUCGGCAGAAGAUCAUGACUAUUUGCACCAUCGAUGUGCACGCGCGUGACGUGGUCGGAAAAUUAAUAUCUAUCAAAGCAGAGAACUCUUCUAGCUUUGCAUGGCAAUCGCAGUUAAAACAUAGGUGGGACGACAAAUCAGGAGAUUGCUUCGCCAACAUUUGCGACGCGUGUUUCAUAUACGCUUACGAGUACCUGGGUAACGUGCCACGGCUGGUAAUUACGCCGUUGACGGACAGAUGCUACAUUACGUUGACGCAAUCGUUGCAUCUGAUAAUGGGCGGAGCACCGGCUGGGCCCGCGGGGACGGGGAAAACCGAGACGACCAAGGACCUCGGUAGAGCCCUUGGACAAAUGGUUUAUGUCUUCAACUGUUCUGAACAAAUGGAUUAUAAAUCGUGUGGCAACAUAUACAAGGGACUAGCGCAAACUGGAGCAUGGGGUUGCUUCGACGAAUUCAAUAGAAUUUCCAUCGAGGUAUUGUCGGUCGUGGCUGUGCAAGUAAAAUGUGUUCUAGACGGAGUAAAAAACCGAAAGAAGAAAUUCUUAUUCUUUGGGGAAGAGCUCAAUAUCGUGGAUACAGUUGGCAUAUUCAUAACGAUGAAUCCUGGUUACGCCGGUAGAACGGAAUUACCCGAAAACUUGAAAACAUUAUUUCGGCCUUGCGCUAUGGUGGUGCCCGAUUUUGAACUAAUUUGCGAGAUUAUGUUAGUGGCCGAGGGCUUCCAAGAAGCGAGAUUACUGGCGAGGAAGUUUAUUACCCUAUACACGCUAUGUCGAGAGCUUUUAUCCAAGCAAGACCACUACGAUUGGGGUUUGAGAGCCAUCAAGUCCGUUUUAGUCGUCGCCGGAAAGUUGAAACGUGAUGAUAGGCAAAGGCCGGAGGAGCAAGUGCUAAUGAGAGCGCUAAGGGAUUUUAAUAUGCCAAAAGUCGUGACUGAUGACGUGCCCGUGUUCAUGGGAUUAAUAGGAGAUUUAUUUCCUGCAUUGGAUGUACCGCGAAAGAGAGAUCUAGAUUUCGAAAUAAUGAUCAAAGCUGCGGCUCUUGAUUUAAAGUUGCAACCAGAGGACGGGUUUAUUCUCAAGGUGGUACAAUUGGAGGAGUUGUUUCACGUUCGACACUCGGUCUUUAUCGUCGGCCUCGCCGGGACCGGUAAGACCGAAGUCUGGAAAACGCUUAACCGAACAUACUCAAACCAAAAGCGCAAACCGCACUACAAUGAUCUGAACCCAAAGGCGGUGACCAACGACGAGUUAUUUGGUGUCAUUAAUCCGGCAACGAGGGAAUGGAAAGACGGGUUGUUCUCCAUGAUAAUGAGAGAGCAAGCCAACAUGGCCGGCGACGGUCCAAAGUGGAUCGUGUUUGACGGUGACAUCGAUCCGAUGUGGAUUGAAUCUCUAAAUACCGUGAUGGAUGAUAACAAGGUUUUAACAUUAGCGAGUAACGAAAGAAUUGCGUUAACGAAACAUAUGCGCCUCCUCUUCGAAAUAUCGAAUUUAAGGACAGCUACGCCAGCAACAGUGUCUAGAGCUGGAAUUUUAUACAUUAAUCCACAAGAUUUAGGCUGGAGCCCAUUCAUAACAAGCUGGAUAGAAACAAGAGAUCAUUCAGAACGCGCUAACUUGUCGAUACUCUUCGAAAAGUACAUUCCACCUCUGCUGGAAGUAACGAAAGCAAAAUUCAAGAAGAUUACACCAUUACCGGAAAUAUGUCACUUAGAAAUGCUUUGUCACUUACUCGAUUGCUUUCUGACUAAAGAAAACGUACCGCUGGACUGUCCGAAGGAAUGGCAUGAAUUAUAUUUUGCAUUCGCCUGUAUUUGGGCGUUUGGUUCUGCAAUGUUUCAAGAUCAGUUGAUAGAUUGGCGGAAGGAAUUUAGCAAAUGGUGGCAAAAUGAAUUCAAAACUGUCAAAUUUCCGUCGGGCGGAACCGUCUUUAGUUACUUCAUAGAACCAGAAACGAAAAAAUUGAUACCUUGGACCGAAAAAGUCGUCUCGUUUGAAUUGGACUCAGAUAUUCCGCUUCAGUCUGCUUUGGUGCCAACUGGAGAAACAGUGCGCUUGCGUUUUUUCAUGGAUUUGCUGAUAAAGAAGCGCGUUCCGAUCAUGUUAGUGGGUGGUGCGGGCUCCGGAAAAAGCGUUAUUAUGGCCGACAAAUUAGCAAGUUUGCCAGACAAUUACAGCAUCGCAAAUGUUCCUUUUAACUUCUACACUACAUCAGACAUGUUACAGAAAGUACUCGAGAAACAUUUGGAAAAGAAAGCGGGGCGUAAUUAUGGUCCACCAGGCACGAAACUCUUGGUGUAUUUCAUAGAUGACAUGAAUAUGCCGGAAGUGGACACUUAUGGAACUGUACAACCUCAUACUCUCAUUAGACAACACAUGGAUUACAAUCACUGGUAUGACAGGACAAAAUUAACUUUAAAGGAGAUUCAUAAUACGCAGUACGUAUCUUGUAUGAAUCCUACUGCAGGUAGUUUUACCAUAGACCCACGUUUGCAGAGACACUUUGCCGUGUUUGCAGUUAGUUUUCCACAAAAAGAAGCGCUCGUAAUGAUAUACAGUCAGAUUCUCAAUCAGCAUGUGACCGAUCCGCAGCAAAAGUUUAAUCCAGCGGUGCAAAAAUUCACGGAUCCUCUGAUAGACGCCGCAUUAUAUCUUCACGAUAAAAUCGCUGCAACUUUUCUACCGACGGUCAUCAAGUUUCAUUAUGUUUUCAAUUUACGCGAUUUAACAAAUAUAUUCCAGGGGAUGCUUUUCGCCCGUGGCGACGUUUUACCACUUCCGAGUCACAUAAUCAAGCUUUACGCUCAUGAAGCGAUGAGAGUGUAUCGAGAUAAAUUGGUGAACGUUGAAGAUCAGAGAAUAUUCGAUCAGCUACUGCUCAGUGCACUGCGCAAAAAUAUACCCGAGCUGGACAAAACUGAAAUCAGUUUGGAGCAACCGUUAAUAUAUUGCCAUUUCGCGGAAGGAAUUGGCGAACCCAAAUACGCGCCUGUCAAAAAUUGGACCCAGCUUGUAAAAUUACUCGACGAAGCUUUGCUCAAUUAUAAUGAGCUGGUGUCCGCGAUGAAUCUAGUGUUGUUCGAAGAUGCUGUGUAUCACGUGUGUCGUAUUAACAGAAUUUUGGAGGCACCGAGGGGCAAUGCGCUUCUGGUGGGUGUAGGUGGCAGCGGUAAACAAUCUUUAUCACGUUUAGCUUCUUUCGUGUCCUCGUUGGAGGUGUUUCAAAUACAGUUGCGCAAAGAGUACUCCUUAAACGAGUUAAAAGCUGAUUUAGCCGUGUUAUACCUGAAAGCUGGAGUGAAGGGUAUCAGUGUUACAUUUUUAAUGAGCGAUUCUCAAGUCGCGGAAGAAAAAUUCUUAGUUGUGGUGAACGAUAUGUUAGCGACGGGAGAAAUCACGGAACUGUUUACUGAUGAAGAAGUGGAGAACAUCAUUAAUGCCGUGCGUAACGAGGUUAAGCAAACCGGAUUAAUUGAAACCAAAGAGAAUUGCUGGAAAUUUUUUAUCCAACGCGUACGAAGACAAUUGAAGUGUGUUCUGUGCUUCUCUCCUGUAGGAGCGACCCUUCGAAAAAGGGCUAGACAAUUCCCCGCAAUAGUAAAUUGCACCGCGAUCGACUGGUUUCAAGACUGGCCGCAGAAAGCAUUGGAGUCUGUGUCGACAACGUUUUUAGAGGAGUUAAAAGAGUUGCCAGCCGAAUAUCGAGCUUCCGUGUCGCUCUUCAUGUCUUUCGUUCACACGAGUGUCAACGAUGUAUCCGCGAUAUAUUUGCAAAAUGAAAGAAGAUACAAUUACACGACACCCAAGUCAUUCCUUGAGCAAAUCUCUUUAUACUCCAAGUUGUUAACAGAAAAAUCACAUGAUUUGGAAGCGAUGAUCUCGCGUCUCACCGAUGGACUGGUGAAACUCGAGUCCUGUGCCAUUCAGGCUGACAAAUUAAAGAUUAUUCUAACGGCUCAAGAGAUCGAAUUGAAGAAAAAAAAUGAGAUAGCUGAUAAGAUAUUGGCCGAAGUACGUGCGGAAAAUGCAAAAGCGGAGGCAGAAAAGGCUAUUGUAACUGGGGAAGAGGCAAAAGUGGCGGAAAUCAAGGAGGUAGUAUUGGAAAACCAAAAACGUUGUGACGAAGACUUGGCCCGUGCGGAGCCAGCAGUGAGACAGGCCGAAGCUGCGCUUGAUACUUUGAAUAAGAACAACUUGACCGAAUUGAAGUCUUUCGGAUCUCCGCCGGAUGCCGUGCUUAUGGUCGCUCAGGCUGUGCUCGUUCUAUUUUCGCCGAGAGGAAAAAUUCCGAAAGACAGAACUUGGAAAGCUUGCAGAGUAAUAAUGGGAUCUAUUGAUGGAUUUCUGUCAGAAUUACGUAAUUAUGAUAAAGAAAAUAUACACCCGGAAGUCGUAAAGGCGAUUCAGCCGUAUAUCAACAAUAAAGAUUUCGAUCCGGAAUUUGUAUAUUCAAAAUCGCAAGCGGCAGCGGGACUUUGUAGCUGGGUGAAAAAUAUCAUGGUGUUUCAUUACAUCAAUGAGAAUGUAAAGCCUUUGAGAGCAGCGCUUGCUCAGGCAAACGCCGAAUUGAGGGUCGCUAUGGAAAAAUUGAAUUCUCUGAGAAACCGUUUAGCGGAGCUUCAGAAAGUGUUAGACAUUCUGAGCGAAAAAAUGAACGUGGCUUUAACUGAGAAACAAAAAUGUCAAGACGAAGCGGACGCGACUGCAUUCAUUAUAGAUCUAGCAAAUCGAUUGAUAAAUGGUCUCGCAUCUGAAAAUAUUCGUUGGGCUGAGACCGUACAACUACUAAGGAAAUCCGGAAUUACUUUACCGGGAAACGUAUUGCUCGUCACGGCAUUCAUUUCUUACAUGGGAUGUUUUACGAAGAAAUAUAGAAUGGAUCUUAUGAAUUUAUAUUGGUUACCGUUUCUCAACAAUUUGCAAGUGCCAAUACCAUACACGCCAGACUUGGAUCCGUUGUCUUUAAUGACUGACGAUGCAAAAAUCGCCCAAUGGAAUAACGAAGGUUUACCCACAGACAGAAUGUCCUCAGAGAACGCCACAAUACUCACAAAUUCGUCCAGAUGGCCAUUAAUGAUUGAUCCACAAUUACAAGGAAUUAAAUGGAUCAAGAACAAAUAUGGAGAGGAUUUGAUAGUGUUACGUCUAACUCAAAAGAAUUAUCUCGACAAAAUCGAACACGCAAUUGCUAAUGGAGAGAUAGUGUUACUGGAAAGUAUCAUGGAAACGGUCGAUGCCGUUCUAGAUCCAAUCCUAGGCCGAGUUUUAAUAAAGAAGGGAAGGGCGAUCAAGGUGGGAGACAAAGAGGUGGAUUACGAUCCGCGCUUCCGUCUGAUCUUACAAACAAAACUGGCAAAUCCUCACUAUAAGCCGGAGAUGCAAGCUCAGACUACACUCAUCAAUUUUACGGUUACGAAAGACGGUUUAGAGGAACAGCUAUUAGGCGCCGUCGUGAAAGCGGAGCGUCCUGAUUUGGAGUCGAGGAAAGCCGAACUCACGACUCAGCAGAAUACGUUCAAGAUCACGCUGAAACUAUUGGAAGACGAUCUGUUGCAUAGAUUGGCGACAGCGGGUCCCGAUAUCUUGAGCGACGUCGCUCUUGUGGAGAACCUUGAAACUACGAAGAAGACUGCCAGCGAAAUCGAGGCGAAGGCGAUCGAGGCGAAGAUGACUGCCGCAAAGAUAGACGAGGCGCGAGAAUCCUACCGGCCGGUGGCGUCCAGAGCCAGCCUCCUCUACUUCAUUCUUAACGAUCUCAACAAGAUCAACAUGCUGUAUCAGUUUUCUCUCAAGGCAUUCAACACGGUCUUUCAAAACGCUAUUAAAUUUGCGGAGCCGGUAGAUGUGCUCAGUAAACGCGUCGCCAAUUUGAUCGAUAGUGUUACGUACUUGGUUUUUACCUAUACCAGCAGAGGAUUGUUUGAGAACGACAAGCUCAUAUUUUUGUGCCAGCUGACUCUUCAGAUUCUGGCACAAAUGAAAGAAAUAGAUCAAUUUGAAGUGGACUUUCUCUUGCGAUUCCCUUAUUUAUCGGACCUCACAAGUCCGGUGGAUUUCCUGAGUAACGUUAGCUGGGGCGGCAUCAAGUAUCUGAGCGGAAUGGAAAAUUUUCGUAAUUUAGACCGCGAUAUAGAUGGGGCCGCGAAAAGGUGGAAAAAAUUCGUCGAAUCGGAAACGCCUGAGAGAGAAAAAUUUCCUCAGGACUGGAAAAAUAAAACGGCCUUUCAGAGACUUUGCAUAAUGAGAUGCGUGAGAUUAGAUCGAAUGAUUUACGCUAUACGGUACUUCGUGGAAGAGAAAUUGGGAGCAAAAUUUAUACAGUUUCGAAUGCAACCUUUUGAAAAAUCGUACGAAGAAACGAGCGCGAGCACGCCGGUAUUUUUUAUUUUGUCUCCAGGAGUUGAUCCUCUAAAAGAUGUCGAGAAACUUGGUAAACAGCUCGGCUUCACAUUCGACGCGCAAAAUUUUCACAAUAUAUCGUUAGGACAAGGUCAAGAAUCUAUCGCGGAGGAAACGAUAGAAAUUUCAGCGCGCGAGGGCCACUGGGUUAUACUCCAGAAUGUUCAUCUAGUGAGGAACUGGUUGCCAAAUCUGGAAAAGAAGAUAGAACAACUGUCCGAAGAGCCGCACGAAAAUUAUCGGCUCUAUAUUAGCGCAGAACCAAGCCCUGACCCUCACGAGUCAAUAAUACCACAAGGCAUACUAGAAUCGGCCAUAAAAAUCACCAACGAACCGCCAACGGGUAUGCGCGCCAACAUUCACAAAGCCUUGGACAACUUUAACCAGGAUACAUUGGAAUCUUGCGCCAAGGAGACCGAGUUCAAAGCUAUUCUCUUCACCCUCUGUUAUUAUCACGCUGCUGUGGCAGAGCGUAGAAAAUUCGGGGCACAAGGAUGGAACAGGUUAUAUCCCUUCAAUGUUGGCGAUUUGACCAUCAGUGCAUCGGUAUUGUUGAAUUAUCUCGAGGGUAAUACUAAAGUACCAUGGGAAGAUUUACGCUAUUUAUUCGGCGAAAUCAUGUAUGGCGGUCAUAUAACCGACGAUUGGGACAGAAGACUAUGUCGAACAUAUCUCCUAGAGUACUUGCAACCAGAGCUGGUUGAAGGUGAAUUAUAUCUCGCUCCGGGUUUUCCGGUGCCACCCAGUACCGAUUAUGCGGGCUAUCAUCAGUACGUGGAAGAUUAUUUGCCGCCGGAGAGCCCUGUUUUAUACGGACUUCACUCGAACGCGGAGAUUGGGUUCCUCACAAGCACGGCGGAGAACUUGUUUAAAACAAUCUGGGGGAUGCAACCGCGGGACAGUGUCGACACAGCAGCCGGAGUGUUAUCGAAAGAGGACAAGGUGAAAACUAUAAUAGAGGAUAUACUGGACAAGCUUCCCGAGGAGUUUAAUAUACAAGAAUUGAUGAGCAAGACGGAAGAUCGUACUCCUUUCGUUAUAGUCGCUCUCCAAGAAUGCGAACAUAUGAACGCGCUAUGCAAGGAACUAAAAAGAUCUCUGGGAGAACUGGAUCUCGGUUUGAAAGGCGAGCUUACGAUUAGCGCGGAUAUGGAAGAUCUGCAAAAUCACCUGUUUAUGGAGUCUGUACCACCAUCCUGGGCCAAGUGCGCCUAUCCCUCCACUCUCGGAUUGUCGAGUUGGUUCGCGGACCUGUUCAAUCGAAUAACCGAACUAUCGAAUUGGACGGUAGAUUUUAAUUUGCCAUCGUCGAUCUGGCUGGGUGGUUUUUUCAAUCCGCAGUCCUUACUUACCGCCAUCAUGCAGCAAACCGCCCGUAAAAACGAGUGGCCCUUGGACAAAAUGUGCCUGCAUUGCGAUGUAACCAGAAAGCAGAAAGAGGAACUUACGGUGCCGCCGCGCGAGGGCGUCUACAUCAAUGGUUUGUACAUGGAGGGUGCGCGAUGGGAGGUCGCGAGCGGCGUCAUCGCGGAUUCGCGAUUGAAGGAGCUAUUGUUUCUGAUGCCGGUCGUGUUCGUGAAGGCGAUCACGCAGGACAAGCAGGAGACGAAGAACGUGUACGAAUGUCCGGUCUACAGGACCAGAACGCGCGGUCCUACGUACGUCUGGACGUUCAAUUUGAAGACCCGCGACAAGCCCACCAAGUGGACCUUGGCAGGCGUUGCGAUUCUUCUGCAGAUUUAA